CGCAUGCGUGGUGUAAUAAACUCCCUGCAAGAUUAUCGGAAAUAAUUUAACGUUGAGCUUUUUUUCGGCGUAUGUUGAAGUAAUAAUAAUAAUAAUAACUAUAAUAAUAAUAAUAAUACUUGUAAUUAAAGAAGUAAGCAUUUAAAAAGCAACCGUUUUAAAUGCGCUGCAACAUGAUAAGUCAUUAUGAAGAUAUUUAUGUUUAUUUAUUACGUCUAACACCUGCACCGUGAUAAACAUGCGGAAUAAGCACGGUAACUAUAGCAACGUUAUAGCGGUCAGCUAUCGUUAAUCUUCGCACGUAAAGCUGCUUUGCACGUGGUUCUUGUGUGGUUGUGUUUUUUAUGAUUUAUGGUUUGGAGGUGCAGGACUUUUUCAGCUCGUUCGCUGUAUUGUGUGGCGGUGAUGAGCAGCAGCUCACGAAGCCCGGGUACGGGUCAGGGUUCUGGUCAGGGUGCGGGUCGGGCGUCGUCUCCUCCCGGCCGCCUGCUGCGACUCUGCGGGGUUCCAGGAUACGAGCAGCACCGCAUGAACGAUGUCUUACUCCUGAGGCCCGAACCGAGAGAAAUCCAGGCGACUCACAACGAAAAUGCACACGUCGUGUUUUUCCCCGGAGACAUACAGAACUUCCAUCAAGAAAUGGCUAUGCAGCCUGAUGCAUCUCCAUGGCUCUCGUUCAGUCUGGAGAGAGUAGCCUUAUCGCUGGGUGUCCGCUUCCCAGGCCGGCACGUGUGGCUGGUGCGUCCUUCACGGCUCCACCUGCAGAAAUUCAGCUGCUACACCAACUUCGUUUCAUGUGACAUGUUUGGCGCACCUAAGCACUCACCUGACUACGGCGCCGUGCGCCACUUACGAGCUCUCCUGGGCCACGCCAUGGAGCGAUCGGCUGUCGCUGAACCUUUGCCGCCAUUAGGAGGUGCCUCAGUGCCCUCUCCUCUGCCUACAGGCUUCUCGCUCAUUUUAGUGGGCUUCAGUAAAGGCUGUGUGGUGUUGAAUCAGAUGGUACACGAGCUGGCAUCAGCCCGCACCGACCCAGAGCUGAGGCAGUUUCUGGACAGCAUCUCGGACAUGUACUGGCUGGACGGUGGACACCCAGGCACCGGGGACACGUGGGUGACGGAUAAGCAGGCGUUGGCUGAGUUGGCAUCUAGCGGAGUGGCUGUGCAUGCUCACGUCACUCCCUAUGAAGUACGCGACCCGGCGAGGGCCUGGGUGGGACGUGAGCACCGGUGCUUCGUAAAGACGCUGGAGGAACUCGGUGCACGCAUCACACAAAAGCUCCACUUUGAGGAUGAGCCAGCAUGCAUCGCUAACCACUUCCGGGUCAUCGAGGACUUCUGAAAGGCGCAGAGAUGUGUUAAUGUUGCACUAUUAGAGCUUCGUCUGACUACAAGCUUUCUCAACACUCAAGUUUCAAGGAGCUUCCUAAAGCUUUUACUUUUGGACUGUAUUUCUGCCUCUAUGGUCUGAAAUCACAGUACCAGUGUCCUACCUUCACCACAGGCUGCUUCUCAUACAAACAAACAAAAUAAAA